AUGGAAAAGUCAAGGCAAGCCAAGUCCCGGCUGGGAACCACCGCAGUCGGCCAAUUCGAAGCAAAGGCCGACAUAGUCGAUCCGGUGCUUGCUUCUUUGUUCGCUUCCAGUUCUGGACCAGUCAAGAUCCCGGCCAGAAGCUCACAGCCAACAAUGCCCUCGGCCACAAGCAAGCGGCACGCUCUUACCGACGAAGAGGCUUCUUCUGGAAGCAGCACUUCUGAGGAGAGCGUCUCCGACGACUCGAAUUGUAUCUCUGAGAUUGACGGCAAAUCGCAGACCCCUGCUUUCGCGACCGAGGAUGUUGUCGACCGACCUCGCAAACGUCGUCGAUUGGCUGACGGGGCCGACAUUGAAGAUGCGUAUUUCAAACGUCUUGAACGCGAGGAGGAGAAGGAACAGCGUCAGAAGCGCGUGGACAAAGAUGUUGCUGAUGAUGGGUCCACCUCUGACGAAGACUCGACCUCAUCCUCCGACAGUGAGGAAAGUUCAAUCAGCCAACCAUCCAUCGACGAUAUUCCCCAACAUGAGACUCUUGCCACAGUUGCGAAUGACCGAGAAAAGUUGAAGAGAACGGUGUUUCUAGGAAACGUGUCGACGGAGGCAAUCAAAUCAAAGGCCGCCAAAAGAACGUUGACCAGACAUCUACGGUCCGUAUUGAAAACCCAUGUCCACGGAAAGAGGCCAGGAAAGCUCGAAUCCGUUCGUUUCCGAUCAACUGCAUACGCACGUGGCUCCGGACCUAAGAAAGCCACCUUCGCCAAAAAAGAACUGAUGGAUCAGACGACCACUAGCACAAAUGCGUAUGCUGUUUUCACCUCCGAAGUCGCUGCCGAGCUUGUCGCUGAGAAACUGAAUGGAAGUAUGGUCCUUGGCCGCCACCUACGAGUGGACUAUUUGGGCCAUCCAACCGAGAUCGACCACAGACGUUGUGUUUUUAUCGGUAAUCUUAGUUUUGUGAACGAAGAGGCGGUCGAGGAAAAGGCAGAUGCUGAUGGGCCGAAGAAGAGACGGCCAACAGCCAAGGAGCCUGCAGAUGCGGAGGAAGGUCUUUGGCGAACGUUCGGUAAGGCGGGGGCGGUGGAGAGUGUACGCGUGGUUCGAGAUCAAGAGACCCGGGUGGGCAAAGGUUUUGCUUAUAUCCAGUUCAAGAGCGGGAAUAGCGUAGAAAACGCUCUUCUUAUGAACGACAAGAAAUUCCCGCCGAUGCUGCCACGAAGAUUACGAGUCAUGCGUGCAAGGCGAAUGAAGCAGAAAUCGUCUUUUGAUGGAUCGAAAGCAACGUCAAAUGACGGGAGUUCAUUAAAAAGAAGAGGCGGCAUCAUCUUGGACACGAGGUCAGUGCGCACAAAUGGUCAACCCAAGGGAGGAUUCGUUUUCGAAGGUCACCGUGCUACCAAUACCUCCCAAGGCAAGCCCGUGCUAUCGAAAAACAGACAUAAAAGGAGACCAACAACAAGGAGCAGUCGACGUGGAGCAGCAUACAAGGCAGCACAGAAGAAACACAAGCGGGAAGGGCAAUAG